AUGCUCCUAAGCUGAACACACUCUCCACUUAUGUUCUCACACAAGGAUGUCCUUUAUUUCCAAGCUGGGUUUGGAGUCCUAGCCAAUAUGUUUCUUUUUUGUUUCUAUAUUUUUAUCAUCGUAGGUCACAGACCUAAGCCCACGGACCUGAUCUCCUGUCAACUGACCUUUGUGCACAUAACCAUGUUCCUCACUGCAGGGGAUAUUUGGCUUUCUGACUUAUUUGAGAUUCUGAACAUUGAGAAUGACUUCAAAUGUAAGGCAACUUUUUAUAUAAGCAGGGUGAUGAGAGGCCUCUCUAUCUGCACCACCUGCCUCCUGAGUGUGGUCCAGGCUGUCACUAUCAGUCCUAGUACCUCACUGUUGGCAAAGUUUAAACAAAAACUAAAAAAAUACAUGAUAUAUGCUUUCUUAUUUAUUUGGUCUUUCAAUAUAUCCUUUAGUAUUAACCGGAUCUUCUAUGUUGGUGCUUAUACCAAUGUGAGUGAGACCAGCCAGAUGAAUUUCAGAAAAUAUUGUUCACUCUUACCCAUGAAUUAUGUCAUCAGAGGACUGAUUUUAACCGUGACAAGUUCCAGAGAUGUGUUUCUUGUAGGAAUCAUGCUGAUUACAAGUACAUACAUGGUGAUUAUCUUGCUCAGACAUCAGAGGCAAUGCAAGCAUCUUCAUAGUAUCAGCCAGCUCAGAGCAUCCCCUGAGGAAAGGGCCACCCAGAUUAUCUUGUUGCUGGUGGUUUUCUUUGUGGUUAUGUAUUGGGUAGACUUCAUCAUUACAACAACCUCACUCUUGUUAUGGAGGUAUGACCCAGUCAUCCUGACUGUUCAGAAGUUUGUGAUGAAUGCCUAUCCCACAAUUACUCCUUUGGUACAAAUCAGCAUUGAUAAGAGAAUAAUCAUUAUGCUGAAAAACUUGCAGUCAAAAUGCCACCAUAUGUUCUUAAAAAGAUGUUUUUUCUCUUCAUUAUAA